ACGAGCCAGUAUUCAGUCAGAUUACGUAAAGGGACGAGAGUGCACGCAUCGUAUUUUGGCUUAGAUAAGUCGAAAAAAGGUUUCUUUUUUAUCUAAAGUGUGCUUACCGAAAAACCACAGAGUAAGAACCAUUAGUUUGUUCCAGUCUUCAACAAGUGGUUUUCUGGUUCGGUGGUUGGGGUGCGUUUUCCGUUUCUAGAAUUUCUGCUUUAACUACAGAAAAAAAAAAAAACCAAAGUUUGUGGAUGAGAUGGAAGAUAAGAUGAAGCAGACGAAUAUUGCAGUAACACCUACUGACGAUGAUUCGGACUGUGAUACAAUCACGUCAAGAACUCUUCUCAAGAAGAAGACUGAAUUUGUUUUACCAGCACCAUCCAAUGCCGACGUCGAAAAUAGGAAAAAUGACCCAGAAGCCGAUCAAACCGAUAAAGCAAACUGCACGACACCUUUAAAUCCUAAUAAUCAGAAAAAUGGCAGUCCUUCCUUUACCGACCGUCUCAAAGAUAAAAUAAGUAAUGCAGUUCCAAAUGUGAUCCAGAAAAAACCAAGAGAGUACAAACUCAAGGCCUUUGUUGGCUUUUUAUUCUUACUUGUUGUCUUUCUUGUUGGCUUUGCCUACAUAUUUUACUACCAACAACUUGCUAGAAAAACUUAUUUUGAGAGAAUUCGUUUUACUAAAGAAGAUCGUAUUAUACGAGUAUACGACGAUUACGGGCUGGAGGCUCUAAGGGGUCACAUGGGAGCAUCGUUUCCUACGUCACAAAAAUCCUACAAAUGCCACGAAAGAGAUCGUCCACCCAACUCUACGUUGUGCCUUGAGUGGAUGGGGCGUGGGCGAUUAUCCCUAGCUCAAACCCCAAAUAAAAAUCAGGACGAUAAAUCGCGGUGCUACCGAGUCAUAUGGCAAUCGCUUUCUGCUGACACCUACCCUACAGACUGUUAUGAAAUGAAUAAUCAACUGUGGUUUGGCGCAGGAGCUGUUUUAGGUCAACAACAUGAUUUUGCCGGUUGGCCUCUAAACCGAGCUGAAGUGCCAAUCAGUCCCUUCGUCACAGGUAGUGAAGUUCGAGGACAUAAUGGCUGGGGUCAAGUUCUUCGCCGAUAUUUCAUGAAUUCCAAAGCGGCCGCCAUCAUCGUGGACGAUUCUACUCCGUUGUGGGUGUCGGUCAAUGCCAAUCAAAGCCAGCUGCUGUGUCUCCAGUCCAGGAGUAGUGGCUUCCCGUUUUUCGAUCAUGGAGAAGAGUCCAUUGUUUCCAAUACAAGUACCAAGAGAAAUGGGACCAAAAACAACCCAAUUGUUCAUUCGGUGUUGAACUACACAAUUUGCACUGCUGCUGAUCUCGAAACGCUAUUGACCUCGCUGGCUGACGCAUGGUGGGAUGGACUAAGGAAAGAUGAAAUGGAGGUCGUGAAAAAAUUGAUGGAAGACCCUGUUUGGAGGUUCCAACCGAGGGCUGACGAUAACCAAACGGUCCAAAGUUUGAUGAAGUAUACAAACAGCAUAGUUGGAUCAGUUUGGACCAGUCCAGGUUAUUUGUUGAUCGAUACUCCUUGGGAGGAGCGCACCGGCGAUUUAGAGUUUGAUCCCAAUCGAUUUCAGGGGUUGAGUGAGGCUCUGGAGAUCAUUCAUCGUAAAGGAUUCAAAGUUGCUGUUACCGUUCGGCCUUUCGUUAGUACCUUUUCCAAGACGUACAAGAGUGGAUUAGAUUUUCAACUGUCCAACUCGUCGGCUGAUUCCGUUGGGACAUGGAUUCGUCAGCCUUACGGUGAAGGAUCUCCGGCAUUGACGAGCUACAAUGGGGACCACAGUCUUGCAUUAGCUGACGUUACUUCACGCAAUAUCUCCGAAUGGGUCGCUGAUCAUCUUAAUACCCUCAUUAAGAACUAUGAGUUGGACGGAAUCUUUUUCGAAAGCGUCACAGCUGAUUACUUGCCCCACUACUAUGUAACAGCCAAGCCUUUAACUGAUCCGUCAAAGUUAAGCAGUCUAUGGGUGGAUGCCGCUCGGCAAGUUACUACAGUUCUAAGCGUCACUUCGGCCACCCAAAUGCCCCGUCUUCCAACGUUUGUGGCCAUUCCUAGGCUUCCGUCCACCUGGGAGGGUCUCACCCAUCUGCUUCCGUUGGUCUUGACGCUCAGUGUCUCUGGCUACCCUUUUCUUAUUCCCCCUCCAGUUGGUGGCAUUUCAAAUUUGACCAAACCUGACAAGGAGCUGUAUAUUCGUUGGCUUCAAGUGAGUACCUUCCUACCGGUAAUGCAGUUUGCAACUAUUCCUUCGUCCUAUGAUGCUGAAGUGGAACGAAUGGCCAGCAACUUGACUGGACUCAGGCAAUCGACCGUCCUUCCUAUUCUCCAACGUUAUGGCGGUAGUUCUGUGUUCGACGGACUGCCCAUCAUCAGACCGCUCUGGAUGUUGGAUCCCUUUGACAAAGAGGGAUUAGAUGUGGCAGACGAAUUUUGUGUCGGUGACGAGCUGCUCGUUGCCCCCGUCCUGGAGCCGGGAGCACGCGAAAGAGAAGUCUAUUUACCCAAAGGCGUUUGGAAAGACGGCAUUGAUGGUAGUCUACGUAAGGGAGGAAGAUGGAUACACCACUACAGAGCUAAACUCGAUCAAGUUCCGUUUUUUACAAGAGCAGCAGAGGGAACGCGCUUGUAAGACACACACACACACACAAAAAGAACGGGAAACCAUAAACUUUCACCUGAACGAUUGGGUUAUUCUUGUAGAUGUAAUGUUUUUAUGUUGAAGUUUCAGGAUGCAUUUUUAUUUGCGAAGCCAUCUGUAUUCUUUAGUUUGUUGACAUGAUGCUGCCAACUUGUCCAGUGAAUUCAUUUCUUUUAUAAGGAAAGAAUUAGCGUUUCUUGCUUUGGAUCCUUUAUGAAAUAAAAUAAAUUUAUCUAUCGUA